UCUCUGAGUGUGACGACAAUGAAAUAUACUUGGAGGAAUCAACUUUGGAGUUAUUCCUCCAGCAGUUAUUUUCAGUUUAAUGAGCUGUUGCUACCAGCAACUCCUUUUUUUCAAAGCAGCAGCAGUUUAACUGACAUUCUUUAGCAAUAGCAUAUAAUAGCAAGAUGUGGCCAAGCAAAUAUAGACAGGCAUCUUCUGACUACUAUCCACAUACCUUGUUUGGAACAUUUUAUAGAGCCAUCAUGUCAGGGAAGUCAGAUGGGAAAAAGAAGUGGGCAGCCGUCAGGGGUCGCCUGGGCUCCUCGCAAGACUCAGAUACACAGCAGGAGGCCAACCUAGAAAGUGCAGAUCCGGAGCUGUGCAUCAGGCUGUUGCAAGUCCCCACUGUGGUCAACUACUCAGGACUGAGACGUCGCCUGGAGGGCAGCGACCAGACAUGGAUGGUUCAGUUCCUGGAGCUGAGUGGGUUGGAUCUCCUCCUGGAAGCCCUGGACCGGCUCUCAGGGAGGGGAUGCUCUCGCAUCGCCGACGCACUUCUCCAACUCACAUGCGUCAACUGCGUCCGGGCAGUCAUGAACUCCUCUGCAGGGAUCCACUUCAUUAUAGAGAAUGAGGGAUACAUUCGGAAGCUCUCUCAAGCCUUGGACACUUCAAACACCAUGGUGAAGAAGCAAGUUUUUGAGCUGCUCGCUGCCCUCAGCAUGUUCUCCACAGACGGCCACCGUCUGGCCCUGGAUGCCCUGGACCACUACAAGGGCGUGAAGACACAGCAGUAUCGCUUCAGUGUGAUCAUGAACGAGCUCCAGGCAACAGAUAACGUCCCGUACAUGGUCACGCUCCUCAGUGUCAUCAACGCCCUCAUCUUUGGGACAGAUGACCUCAGACAGAGAGAUAAGAUGAGGAAGGAGUUUAUUGGGCUUCAGUUACUUGAUGUUCUGCCAAAGUUGAGGUGA